AUGACAAUCGUUAAACCAUCAUUUUCCGGCGGAUCUUCGCCGUUAUGUUCACUCAAAGGAUCACUUCUCACCGUCGCUAUUCUCACUUGCGUCUCCCUCUUCUACCUCUCUCUCAAUUCCUUACGCACUUCACCGCCUUCUCCAGUCGUCGUAGACUCGAUUCAGGUUCCUCAGACAUUCGCAAAGGAAGAUAUCGGCGGCGAAUCGACGGAGGAAGUAAACUAUUCCGAUGUUUAUCACUCGCCGGGAUCGUUCCGGUUGAAUUACGCCGAGAUGGAGAAGCGAUUCAAGGUUUAUGUUUAUCCCGACGGAGAUCCAAACACUUUUUAUCAGACGCCGAGAAAAGUUACCGGAAAAUACGCAAGCGAAGGUUACUUUUUCCAGAACAUUAGAGAAUCUCGGUUUCGAACCCUAGAUCCAGAGGAAGCAGAUCUCUUCUUCAUUCCAAUUUCUUGUCAUAAGAUGCGAGGCAAAGGAACAUCAUAUGAGAACAUGACUGUGAUUGUUCAGAAUUAUGUUGAUGGAUUGAUAGCUACGUAUCCUUAUUGGAAUAGAACAUUAGGAGCAGAUCAUUUCUUUGUUACUUGUCACGAUGUUGGUGUUAGAGCAUUCGAAGGAUCUCCGGUUCUGAUUAAGAAUACAAUUAGGGUUGUGUGUUCACCGAGCUACAAUGUCGGUUUCAUUCCUCAUAAAGAUGUUGCUUUGCCUCAAGUGCUUCAGCCAUUUGCACUCCCUGCUGGUGGAAACGAUGUUGAAAACCGGACGACACUUGGUUUUUGGGCUGGUCAUAGAAAUUCCAAGAUACGGGUAAUACUUGCCCGUGUGUGGGAAAACGAUACAGAGCUCGAUAUUUCAAACAACAGAAUCAAUAGGGCUACUGGGCAUUUAGUGUAUCAGAAGAGAUUCUACCGGACUAAAUUCUGCAUAUGCCCCGGCGGUUCUCAAGUCAACAGUGCUCGCAUAACUGACUCGAUCCAUUACGGAUGUAUUCCUGUCAUAUUAUCAGACUAUUAUGACCUCCCUUUCAACGACAUCUUGAAUUGGAGAAAAUUCGCGGUUGUACUGAGAGAGCGAGAUGUCUAUAACCUCAAGCAGAUCCUCAAGGACAUACCACACGCAGAGUUUGUUUCGUUGCAUAACAACUUGGUCAAGGUCCAGAAGCAUUUUCAAUGGAACUCACCUCCGAUCAAAUUUGACGCAUUUCACAUGAUCAUGUAUGAAUUAUGGUUACGCCAUCAUGUCAUCAAGUACUGA